AUGCUGGCUCGUACAAUUCGUGACCAGAAUUUCCAUCAUGUCAGGCAGAAUGACGACAACUGGAGCGCAUAUGCGUUGGCCAAAUACAUCAAAGACAAAGUCGGCGUGUAUCCGAUCCUUCCGCUCGCAGACGGCCAUUUGUAUGACGAUGACGCUGAAAAGCCCAAGGCGCUGUUCCUGAUUAAAGGAGACCAAACGCUGGUCAAUCAAGGAAUUUACAACAGCGGCACUCUUGCCAGCGACUCGUUGAUGGAGAGACUCGACGGUGAAGCUUACACGGUUGACGAUUUCACUUUCAGGCCAGACUCAGACUAUCCAGAAUGGUAUAUUAAGGCUCUGCAAAAGGCACGGAGCGGAGACUUGGAUGCCAGCACAACCCCACCUUCGGCAUUGACACCUAAGCCUGGAAAAUCAUUGUCGAUUGCCAUGGUCUCCGUUGUUAAUUCUCACGCUGGCCUUGCAGACGUCUAUUCAACAUGGAACUUCUAUACUACAACCGUCGGUAAAGUCGUAGGGAGUUGCGGCGAGACCAAGGGAGAAAAGCUCAUCCCUGGAGAGGGUUCAACUAAUGUUGAUCUGCUCCCUGAGGUGGCUAGGAAUACUGACAAUCCACCGUGGCCUGGGGGCUCGUUUCAACUGAAAAUCGAGGGCGAGGAGUGCGAAUACAAGAACGAUGGCACAAAUUCUGGUCGUCUCUUUUGUCCUAAAAGAGAAAUAUCCUGCGAAGAGAACAAAUAA